UCCAGCCACAGCAGCACUGGACUCGUCCAGGGGCAGCGAGUGAGCAGCUGGGGCCCCGUAGAGCCGCCAUGGACCCUGCAGGGGCAGCAGACCCCUCAAUGCCUCCCAACCCUUUGGCUCACCUGAGCCUGCGGGACAGAUCAGAGAUGCAGCUGCAGAGCGAAGCCGACAGGCGGAGCCUCCCGGGCACUUGGACCAGGUCAUCCCCAGAGCACACCACCAUUCUGAGGGGAGGCGUGCGCAGGUGCCUGCAGCAACAGUGUGAACAGACUGUGCGGAUUGUGCAUGCCAAGGUGGCCCAGAAAUCGUACGGAAAUGAGAAGCGGUUCUUCUGCCCCCCGCCGUGUGUCUACCUCUCGGGGCCCGGAUGGAGGGUGAAGCCAGGGCAGGACCAAGCUCACCAGGCCGGGGAGACGGGGCCCACGGUCUGCGGUUACAUGGGACUGGACAGCGCGUCCGGCAGCGCCGCUGAGACGCAGAAGCUGAAUUUCGAGCAGCAGCCGGACUCCAGGGUGAGAGCGCACGGGAAGGGGUCCGAUUCCUACUCCCAUCCCUGCCUCUACUGGGAAAGGAAGUCUCCUUUAUUACUCCCUUCCGAAAGCCAAGAGAUAGGUGGGGAGACUGGGAGGCCGGGGUCUUGCCUUAAGGCAGAGCCUAAGAGUCUGGAUGGUGGAGCUUCUGGUCACCUCCGACGGGACGGACGUCGAUAUCUGGAAGAGACCCUGUACAUCUCAGAUGCAGACAAGAGGAAGCACUUCCGGCUGGUGCUGCGGCUGGUGCUGCGCGGGGGCCGGGAACUGGGAACCUUCCACAGCCGCCUCAUCAAGGUCAUCUCGAAGCCCUCGCAGAAGAAGCAGUCACUCAAAAACACCGAUCUGUGCAUAUCCUCCGGCUCAAAGGUCUCUCUCUUCAACCGCCUGCGCUCUCAGACAGUCUCCACACGAUACCUCUCUGUGGAGGACGGGGCCUUUGUGGCCAGUGCGCGACAGUGGGCUGCCUUCACACUCCACCUGGCUGAUGGGCAUUCUUCCCAAGGAGACUUCCUACCGCGAGAGGGCUACGUUCGCUAUGGCUCCCUGGUGCAGCUCGUCUGCACGCUCACCGGCAUCACUCUACCUCCCAUGAUCAUUCGUAAAGUAGCCAAACAGUGUGCGCUCCUUGAUGUGGAUGAGCCCAUCUCCCAGCUGCACAAGUGUGCAUUCCAGUUUCCUGGCAGUCCCCCAGGAGAGGGUGGCACCUACUUAUGCCUUGCCACAGAGAAGGUGGUGCAAUUUCAGGCUUCUCCCUGCCCCAAGGAGGCGAACAGGGCUCUGCUUAACGACAGCUCUUGCUGGACCAUCAUCGGCACCGAGUCGGUGGAAUUUUCCUUCAGCACCAGUCUGGCGUGUACCCUGGAACCGGUCACCCCGGUGCCUCUCAUCAGCACCCUAGAGCUGAGUGGCGGCGGCGACGUGGCCACGCUGGAGCUCCACGGAGAGAACUUCCAUGCGGGGCUCAAGGUGUGGUUUGGGGACGUGGAGGCGGAAACCAUGUACAGGAGCCCGCGGUCCCUGGUGUGCGUGGUGCCGGACGUGGCGGCCUUCUGCAGUGACUGGCGCUGGCUGCGCGCUCCCAUCACAAUCCCCGUAAGCCUGGUGCGCUCCGACGGGCUCUUCUACCCUAGUGCCUUCUCCUUCACCUAUACCCCGGAAUACAGCGCGCGGCCGGGUCACACCGGCGUUCCCGAGCCCGCCACCGACGCUGACGCGCUUCUGGAGAGCAUCCAUCAGGAGUUCACGCGCACCAACUUCCACCUCUUCAUCCAGACUUAGGCGCGCCCAGGAAUCCUGGCUGCCCACCGCGGAGGGCUGUGCCGGAGCCAGGCGCGGGGACGUGUUUCUGGGAUCUAGGCCCUGCUUCCUUGCCCCUUUGCUGUAGAAGGGCAGCUGAAGGCUCACCCUAGAAAGCGGGCCUGGUGGCUCUUACCUGGCUCACUCCCUCCCUCCUCCUUACACAUACAGGAAGACACGACCU